AUGGCGCCAGAGGGGCAGGAGCGCGAGAAGAAAUCGAGCCCCACCACCGUCGCCUCCCUCGCAGAGGACAUCUUGCUCGAGAUCUUCCUCCGCCUCCUCUCCCUCGCCACUCUCGUGCGAGCCGCCCUCACCUGCCACGGGUGGCGCCGCGCGGUGGCCUCCUCCCCUGCCUUCCGCCGCCGCUUCCGUGAGAUCCACCCAGCACCCCUCCUGGGGCUCCUCUUCAACCCUCCUGGCGCCGUCCAGGACCCUGCACUGCCCGCCUUCCCCUCCUUCGUCCCCACCCGCGGCACCGAUCGGGACCAAGCCGCCGCCGUCCGAGGAGGCGACUUCUUCCUCACCUCCCUCCAGGAGCGCCACGGCGUCCACAACGGCUGGGACAUCCACGACUGCCGCGGCGGGUACCUCCUCCUCGCGAAUGCUGAUCAGUUAACGAUGGCGGUGACCAAUCCUUUGGCGCGACGGAGCGAAAGUUUCUUUGAUUUCGGCCACGAGGACACCCUUGAAGGUCACCGUGUCCACGCCUUCGCACACAAGGCCUGCUUGUUCUGCUCCGACGAAGACCCCACGUCGUUCCGGGUGGUCAUUAUUGCCCAUGACAAGUCCAGGGUACGGGCCACUGUCUUCAGCUCGGACACCGGUGAGUGGUCGGCUCUCCCGUGGGUGGAUAUCCCGGCGAGGCCACGGCGUGGAAAAUUCUGGCUUCUGAGCGGCAACAUGCAGACAAAUGGAUUCUUGUACUGGGUUUACAAGAACUGCAAGUAUAUGGUCUCACUGGACACGGCAACAAUGGAUUUCUCUGUCACUGAGCUCCCGGUUUUCCUCAAGAAUCGGCUGUGCAGCUUCGUUGUGGGUGAAAUGAACAAUGGUGAGCCUUGUAUUGUCUAUGCUAUUAACUUCACAGUUGGCGUGCUUUUGCGCAGAACAGAGAGUGAUGGUGUUGAGAGGUGGGUGCUGGACAGGGCCGAAAUCCUGGAGACACAGCUUGGUCUUGUCCUUGGCAAACUAAUGGAGGACUACAAUGAGGUGCAGGUUGUGGCUGUCAGGGAUGGCUUUGCAUACUUGGUAACAUCAGAAAGGUCAAGCGGUUCCAGGACUCCUAGUUGGUUUUUGUCCCUCUGCUUGGAAACAGUGAAAUUGGAGAAGCUGUUUCGGAGGACCUAUGACAGUUUUGUGCAACCUUAUGUUAUGCCAUGCCUCCUUCUUUAG